AUCCUGGCUUUGGCUAUGCCAUCGUAGAAGGCCCUCAAAAUGUAACAGUUGUUGUAGGUUCAGUGGCUCAAUUUAGCUGCACAGUAUCAGAGGGGUGGAAAAUUUUGAUAUGGCUUUUCAAUGGAAAUCCUAAGCUGUCCGUGUUGAGUAAUGGACAAACUAUUGAAACAGAUGAGCAAUAUACUCAGAAAGGUUCUAACACAAGUGAUAACAGGUUUACUUCAGAGCUGAUGAUCCAUAAUGUGCAGCUGACAGAUUCUGGAGAAAUCAGAUGUAGCCUCCAGAACAAUGACUAUAGAUAUGCAUUUCUUUCAGUACAAAGCUUAUACAGUGAUAUCUUAACUCUGAGCCCAUUGGCCAAUAGCACUCUGACUUGUUUAGCUGACAUAAAUGCACUGUCUAACUGUCCUCAGCAUACUGCUAUUCCAAUUUUGAACCUGUUGCUUCAUAUUCCCAGUCCUUACUUCUUAGCAGCCAAAUCUUCAACAAGCACACAAGGAUGUGAUAAUGAAGAUUGGCGAAUCCGAACUAUAAUUUUAGCUGUUGUGUUGUCAGUUGCUCUUUUACUCCUUCUGAUCCUUAUUAUUCUCCUUAUUAUAUGUUGCUGCAAAAGAAGGAAAGAAGAUCACACUUCCUUCCCAGUUGGACAAACAAUUUAUGAUACAAAGCAAAAUCUGAAUGUGAGCUCUUCAUCAGAGGUGUUGAACAAUGAACUUCAAACGGGAGAACUUCCUUCAAGAACUAAUGGUUAUCCAAUUAAUCCAGGCAAAAUCAGAAAUGUGACACUAAUAUAA